CUUGAGUAUGUUGCAGGUCUCCAAGUAGGAAAAGAACAUUGUCUUUUCAGAAUUUGUAAAAACUUAAGCCAUAUUCUGGCACUACGAUGGCUUGUUGUAAGUCCAAAUGCAAGCUUUCAACAAAGAUCAUACCGGCAACUGUUGCCUGGUCACUCCUGAUUGGAUGUACGGCCAUUUUCUUCGUGUUCGUGAGCCCCCACCUGUUGCAUUACCACUUAGUGAUCAUAGUCUACCAGGGCAUCCUUACACUGUUUGUCAUCAUGAAUUUUGGCCUAGCAACCUUCAUGGACCCUGGAGUCUAUCCCAGAGCCCAUGAAGAUGAGCAGACAGAUGAUGACUAUAGGGCACCAUUAUAUAAGAAUGUGGACAUUAAGGGCAUCACUGUACGUAUGAAGUGGUGCAGUACCUGUCAGUUCUACAGACCCCCUAGAUGUUCUCACUGUAGCGUCUGUAAUAACUGCAUUGAGACUUUUGACCAUCACUGCCCUUGGGUGAAUAACUGUGUAGGAAAAAGGAACUACAGAUUUUUCUUCCAAUUUCUGCUCUCGUUGACGCUACAUAUGAUCAGCAUAUUCAUUUGGUGUCUUCUAUACGUGCUAGAUCAUAAAGAGAAAAUCGUUACCAUAGAGAAUAUCUCUGCUAUUUGUGUUAUGAUAAUCAUAGGGCUACUCAUUGUUCCUGUAUGUGGUCUUACUGUGUUUCAUAUGGUGCUAGUAUCUAGGGGAAGAACUACGAAUGAACAGGUGACAGGAAAAUUCCGUGGUGGCCAUAAUCCAUUCACUCGCUCCUGUUCGGAUAAUUGUAAAUAUACUUUGUGUGGACCCACAUAUCCCAGGGUCGUUGGUAGAGCUAGAAAAUUACGAACAAUAAACAUAGACGCUUCUAAGGUAACUUAUGUGACGUCAGAGAAAAAUGUGAAAAUUUAUAUGGAAGAUAGCAAUGGAGUAAAAGCUGCGAAUACAUAUAGCCAGUUUAACGCCCUGGCACCUCUAGCUAAAUGCAGCCUGCCUGUGGUCAACACAGUCCCUCAUUAGAUUCUGCCAGGGGAUUCUCCUCGCGUGAUGAACCAGCAUCAGUCUUUGUGCCAAAAACUGGAUCAUAUAACAAUCUUUUUGAUAACACCUCCCAGGCCAGCCGUGCCAGUAGCACCACCCCCGCCCCGGAGCUGGAGCGCGAGUACCACCCCCGUCCUGGUCACCGAACCCCACCCUCAAGGAUCAUUGUCAGGACGCCUCCUCCAAAAGCUCGUGGAGUUGAAAUGAAACAAACUUAUGCUCCUAUGGCUCCACAGGAGAAGCUAUCUCCAAGGAUACGACGCAGCGGAGCUGAGUCACCAGAUUGCGCUCUUGCUAGCGAUGAAAAAUAUCCAAAUAUGUCCAGUUUAGGAUCCAGAGAUAGACUGGCCCCAGUGACUCAAGUUAAGCCAACCAAUUAUUCAGUCACUGCUAACGGCAGUGGGAACGCACAUUCUUACCCCAUGGCAGCCACAGCCAAUCAUAAACCAAGGGGGACUCAGGGCGCCACUAGAGUAGCUGGGAAACCCCCCCACCCUCAGGGUAGUGUAGACAUUGUCGGUCAGCGAGCUGCCGAGGCUGGACAUCAUAAAAAAUACCAUGAACCCCGGGGUCAUGUAGACAAUAAAGCGCCAUCUAGUAGUGGCGGUGAUAAAGCUCAGCAGGACAAAGUAUCCCAGCUACUCUCAGCAAACACAACAUUUAGACGGCCCGUGUCUUUCGUCAAAGCGCUAGAAAUGUCUGAAUCUUUAGCAUCACAGGAAAAACAGCAACAACAACAAAGACAGAAAAACAAAGAACCAAGUAGUAAAAGUUCAGAUUACGGAUCCACUUAUGAAAUAUCAGUGUAGUUAUAGAAAACCUCUCUUAUGGAGAACCACUGUUUUGGAGAACCUCUCUUAUGGAAAACCUCUCUUAUGGAGAACCACUGUUAUCGAUAACUUCUGUUUUGGAGAACCUUUUUUAUGGAGAACUCCAAUACGGAGAACCUCUCUUAUGGAGAACCUCUGUUCUCAUGGAGAACCAUUGUUUUGAAGCACCUCUGUUAUGGAAAACCUCUCUUAUGGAGAA